AUUUUAAGGUUGUGUGAAAGUCAACGAGCUUGAUAUAAGCAACGCCUAUUCGACAAAUGGUCAGUACACUCGAAAGUGUCUUGUGAUAAACGUCUUGCUGUCACACCAAUAUGGCUACUCGGUGGGGAAUCGUCAGCGCGGGACUGAUCUCGCAUGAUUUUGUCACGGCGAUGAACAGUUUACCGAACGACGAACAUGUUGUGGUUGCUGUCGCGGCGCGAAAUUUGUCGCACGCGGAAGAUUUCGCGAAGCAACAUAAUAUUCAAAAAGCCUACAAUGACUAUGAGCAGUUGGCCAAAGAUAAAGACAUUGAAAUUGUGUACAUCGGCGCGAUCCAUACUGAGCAUUAUAAAUUGGCGAUGAUGAUGCUAACUGAAGGUAAACACGUGCUGUGUGAGAAACCGAUGACGAUGAAUCCAAUAGAUACGACGAAAUUAAUUACAUACGCAAGAAACAAAAACUUGUUCUUAAUGGAGGGAGUGUGGAGCCGAUGCUUCCCCAUCUAUGACAAUAUAAAGAAAAUGCUCGAAGCUGGUUGUAUGGGCGAUAUUCAUCAUGUGUCUGCCUCCUUUGGUUUUGAUCUUAUGGACGUAGAUCGAAUAACUAAAAAAGAGUUAGGCGGUGGUACAGUCCUGGAUCUUGGAAUUUAUUGCCUUCAGUUCGUAUCCAUGGUUUAUAACAACGAGAUGCCAGAGCGCAUAAUAACUUCUGGCUCCUUAAACGAGGACGGUGUCGAUAUAUCCAUGACCGCCAGUUUAUAUUAUAAGGAUAAUCGCUCCGCAACUAUUACAACAAGUGCCUUGGUCAACUUGCCAAACAAAGGAUACAUAUGUGGCGCCAAGAAUACAGUAGAGGUACCGACCUUUUGGUGCCCAACAAAGCUGAUCAUAGGAGAUACCACCAUAGACAAACCCUUACUGGAACUAAAAAAUGCUAAAUUCAACUUUAUAAAUUCUAUUGGUUUAGCUUAUGAAGCUGCAGAAGCUCGUGCUUGCAUUCAAAAAGGUUUGGUGGAAAGCCCACAUAUAACACACGACACAUCUUUAUUAUUGGCAAAACUGGAAGAGGAAAUUCUUAAAGCCUUGGGUGUUAAUUAUUGAGAAAAUGUUGCAAAGCUGCAUGUUAUUGCAAAGCAUAUAAUUUGAAUUUAUAAUAUUGUUAUAUGUACAAAUCAGUUUAAUUGAAUUGCAAAUGUUUAAUUGAAAAAUAAAGCCUUUUUUGCUAAAUA